UUUUUUUUCUCUUGAAAAGGAAACUACAUAUAUAAUAAUAAUAAAAAAAAAAAUGGGUAAAAAGAGAAAGUCAAAAGUUAUAAGACCAUGGUGUUGGUACUGUGAAAAAGAUUUUGAAGAUGAUAAAGUCCUAGUGACUCACCAAAGGGCUAAGCAUUUCAAAUGUGAAGUAUGUAACAAAAAAUUAACUACUGCUGGAGGCAUGGUAGUUCAUUCUUUUCAAGUGCAUAAAAUUAACAUUAACAAAGUCCCAAAUGCAUUACCUGGAAGAGAUAAUUUAGAAGUAGAAAUUUUUGGCAUGGAAGGCAUACCCGAAGAAGACAUGAUUGCACAUGAAGCUAGAAUAUUAGGAAAUACAAAUAGCCAUAAAAAAUCAAAAUCAAAUGGAUCUGGACAAUACGGUGAACUUACACUUGAAGAGAUCCAACAACAAAUGGCAGCUCAUAAAGCGCUAGGGACACCUACAACACCUAAUGUUAGCAUCUCACAAUCACCCAUCAUUAGUGCUCCACCUGUUGUGACUCAACAACCUUAUUAUUCAAAUACUGCUUAUACUCAAUAUCAGCAACCUUAUGCUAAUCAAUAUUAUGGAUAUGGAGCACCGCCCAAUUAUGGUUAUACGGGAGGGGUUGGUCCUUAUCCUGGACAAUGGGGAUAUCAAGCUUACCCUCAAGCAGCUAUGCCUCCACAAAUGCCUGUGUCUACUACGAUAACACCUCCGCCUCCUGCUGUAAAUGAUUUAAAAACACCAGGAGCAGCAGCAGCACCAGCACCAGCAGCAGCACCGGCAUCUUCUGACACUGUAUUACCACAAAAUAACGAUGAUUACCGCGAGAAUAAUGUGAGUGAUAUAUCAAAAGGUAACGAUUUAUCAAAUCAUACUAUAACAGAGAAACAACCAACGCUAUCAGAGGCACCUCCAACAACAAAUAAUAAUCCAGUAAAGAAAAAAGCAUCUAAAAUUGUAUUAAUUUAUAACAAUAAUGAGCUUUCACCGGUAAAAAAAAAAGAGAGAUAUUAUAAAGAAGAAUAUUAACUCAUCUUUUCUAAAUAGGAGGAGCAAAGAGCUCAGUUAGAAAAAUAUAGAGUGAUCUAAGUUCAGUCUUCUAUUUCUCCAUCUACUUUUUUUUUUAUUUUAUUUUUAACAC